GACAGCAGGGGUUAUGGAGGGUAAGAGGCGGUGCACAGGAGUGUUCCCUGAGCAUAUUUAGGGAAGAGGUGAAUGAAGGAUUGAGCACAGUUUCGUUUGGUGCUAGUCAAGAUGAAAUCAUACGUGCUUCUUUUGGGCCUGCUGCAGACUCUGGGAUGCUCAGGAGUCCCGCUGUACAACGCUGAGCUGGAGUCCAUGGCAAACAGGGGCCUCGGAGCAGCUCUGACACAGGUCAACUCUGCGUACGCCGCCAGCAAUCUUUACAGGGCGACUCGAGGCUCUGUCACAAGGGUUAUUCCCGUAGGCCUGAACACCGUUGACCUGAUUAUGAUAUUUGGCAUUAAAGAGACAGAGUGUACAAAGGAGUCCAGAAAGGACCCACAGACAUGCGCCUUCAGACCGGGCUUCUUUGUGCCGUCCUUCUCCUGCUCCAGCCGGGUCCGAACCUCAGCCACCUCAACUCAGGUGAUUUCUCUCAGAUGCGGCCACGACGGGAGCUCCAGCUCAGAGUCCAGUGAGGAGGUGUUCUCAAGAGGGAGACACCAGUUCAAUAUCCCGUUUGCAAAUAAAGUCCCUGCACCUCCUCCACCCACCCAGCCUGAGCGCUUCCUCGAGAGCCGGACAGCGGACGUCUGGCCCAGAGGAGACACUUUCAACAACUACCUGGUGUGAAAGUUGAGCUCGCUCUCUGGAGACAUUUAGGUGCUGAUCAGAUGACAAACUUGAAUUAAAAAUAACAUUUUACAUGAUG